GCUGAAACGCAUUUUUAAUGUUCUUUUUUGUAACCCGUCGCGGGUGAAAGAAUUAUGUUUAUGAAUAGUGUCAUCUAGAGAAGCGCAGAAUGUGCUUAAUGCUGUGUCUAUAUUAUUCGUUUUUUUUCGUGUAUUUUAUUGCACGAAUAACGACAAAAUUUUUGAUAUGUUAGGACAUGCAAUUCUUUUAAAUUGUGCAUUCUUUUUGUCGUUUUACUCAGUUCGUAGAUUGCUUUGGCUUCUUGAUAUUUCAGAUCUUGCUGACGUUUCACGGGCGGUGACAAGUACUCAGAACUGUAACUAUCGUGGCGCAUCGCUUACACCCUUUAUUUGCUUCUUUUCCCCUCCCUCCCUCCCUCUCUAUCUAUCUGAAGAGAGAGGCAAAGGGAAAGAAAAAGAUAUAGUAUGAAUGAACGAGUUCAAGAGAGAAAGAUAAAGUAAGAGUGAGUGAAAGAAAUAUUGCAAAUGAAUAAAUGAAUGAGAAAGAGAUAGAGUAAGAGGGUGGGAUAGUGGUAAACGAACUAACGAAACGUAAAUUAAGCGAAUAAGUAAAUAAGAGAAAAAAAGAUAGAAUAUUAAUAAGCGCAACAAAGAAAGAGACAUCUAUGUGAACAUCUACAUGUGUGUCCAUGAGAGAGAAAGAGAAAGAGAAUUUGCGCGCGCGUACACAGAAUUCUGUCUGUCCUUAUCGGUUUCUUUCUUUCUCAGUCCCUAUGCACCGCUUUAACGGUUUCUUGUGAUUUUUCAAUAAUGCUAUUUUGUCGAAGGUUAUGAGGUGUUGGUUACGUAGAUAAGUUUGGGGUGAGUUUGUGAUCAUGGCUAAUCGGGGUACAGCCCAGAGGCCGAAUGGUUCGACACAAGGAAAGAUUUGUCAAUUUAAGCUGGUAUUACUUGGCGAAUCUGCUGUGGGAAAGUCAAGUCUUGUUUUGAGGUUUGUUAAAGGACAGUUUCAUGAAUAUCAAGAAAGUACUAUUGGAGCUGCAUUUUUAACACAAACUGUAUGUUUGGAUGAUACAACUGUAAAAUUUGAGAUUUGGGAUACAGCAGGGCAGGAACGUUAUCAUAGUCUUGCACCAAUGUAUUAUCGUGGUGCACAAGCAGCUAUUGUUGUAUAUGAUAUAACAAAUCAAGACACAUUUGUACGUGCCCAAACGUGGGUGAAGGAAUUGCAACGACAAGCCAGUCCAAGUAUAGUUAUAGCAUUAGCUGGAAAUAAAGCUGAUCUUGCAAAUAAAAGAAUUGUAGAAUUUGAUGAAGCUCAAACUUAUGCUGAUGAAAAUGGCCUUCUUUUCAUGGAAACUUCAGCUAAAACAGCAAUGAAUGUUAAUGAUAUAUUUUUGGCAAUUGCUAAAAAACUUCCAAAGAAUGAACAAUCAGGAAGUGCAAGUACAAGUGGUCAAGGCCGUCGAUUGGUUGAAACAGAAGGACAAAAGGCAGCAACUGGCAAUUGUUGCAAGUGAUUAUCCAAAUCUAUCUGUACUAUAAUCUACAAAUAUAAAUACACCAUGAGUGUGUCUGCAAUGAAUAUAUAUUUGAAUGGAAAAUAAAACUAUGGAAAAAACCACUAUAAUGGAAUGGGAGGUGAACUGUGCAAGAUAAACAUUUUUCUUGAGUGAUUAAUAAAAAAUGCGUGUAUCACAUUACAUUCGACGAUAUAUCAUCUAUUUUGAGUAUCAGAUCUAUCAAAAAAGAAGAAAAAGAGAAAGACAGAGACAGAUGAAGCUCCCAUUUGUAAUGCUAGUAGUAAUGGGCGGUGUUCGUUAUAAAUAUAUAAAUAUAUAUAUAUAAAUUGUAUUUAUAUAUAUAUUCAUAUAUAAAUACAAUUAUAAUAUAAAUCAUAUAUAAUAAAUAUGAUUUAUGUAAUAAGUAAUGUUAAUGGUAAUAAGUAAUAAUAAUAUUAAUGGUAAUAUUGAUAUAUAAAUAAUAAUAACAUUAAUAUUAGUAAUAAUAUACAUUUAAAACAUACAAUGUAUGAUGAAAUUUUGGCACGCGAAACAUCUUGUAAGAUAGUAGGCCAUUCCUGCUGCUAUGAUUACCUAUGUAUUUACUUUCUUAGUUUGUAAACAUGUAUAACAAAUUUUUGCUCCGAAAUAUAUUGUAUAUUAAUUUUAUUAUA